CAAAAAUGGACUCAAAUUCUGUAAGAUGAUCCUCUCCAAUCCAAAGUUCGCUGAACAUGGAGAGACGCUGGCAAUGAAAGGGCUGACGUUGAAUUGCUUAGGGAAAAAAGAAGACGCGUACGAAUUUGUCCGUAAAGGACUACGUAACGAUGUCAAAAGUCACGUGUGUUGGCAUGUUUAUGGACUCUUGCAGCGCUCCGAUAAAAAAUACGACGAAGCGAUUAAGUGCUAUCGAAAUGCUCUGAAGCUAGAUAAAGACAACCUGCAGAUCCUCAGAGACCUUUCGCUGCUGCAGAUCCAGAUGAGAGAUCUCGAAGGAUACAGAGAAACCAGAUAUCAAUUACUUCAGCUCCGACCCACGCAGAGAGCCUCGUGGAUCGGCUAUGCAAUCGCAUAUCAUUUGCUAAAAGAUUACGACAUGGCCUUAAAGUUGUUAGAAGAAUUUAGGAAAACCCAACAGGUCCCCCCAAACAAAAUAGACUACGAAUAUAGCGAAUUAAUAUUGUAUCAGAACCAAGUGAUGAGAGAAGCGGAUCUCUUUCAAGAAUCUUUGGACCACAUAGAGACUUACGAAAGGCAAAUCUGCGACAAACUCAUGAUAGACGAAAUUAAAGGGGAAAUGUUGCUGAAUUUGGGACGACUGGAAGAAGCGGCCGAGAUCUACCAAGAACUUAUUGAUCGGAACGCAGAAUGUUGGAGUUACUACGAAGGCCUGGAAAAAGCUCUGCAGCCACAUUCUUUAGAAGAGAGGCUAGAAACGUAUGAAGAAAUAAGCAAGCGACAUCCCCGGGCUGUUUCUCCUAAAAGGCUACCUUUAAACUUUGUCACAGGUGAAAAAUUUAGAGAACUGUUGGAUAAAUUCCUACGGGUUAAUUUCAGUAAAGGUUGUCCACCUCUGUUUACUACUUUGAAAUCUUUGUAUUACAGCACAGAAAAGAUUUCAGCCAUCCAGGAGCUCGUGAUUGGUUACGAAGCUUCUUUGAAGACCUGCCACAUGUUCAGUCCAGAUGAAAAUGGAGAGCAAGAACCGCCGACGACGCUGCUUUGGGUUCGUUAUUUCCUUGCCCAGCACUUUGACAAGCUUGCCCAAUUUUCCUUGGCAUUGGAUUACAUUAAUUCUGCUGUGACCAGUACUCCGACGUUAAUAGAGUUGUUCUAUUUGAAAGCCAAAAUUUAUAAGCAUGUAGGCAACCUGAAGGAAGCUGCCAAGUGGAUGGAUGAGGCCCAGUCCUUGGAUACGGCGGACAGAUUUAUCAAUUCCAAGUGUGCGAAGUAUAUCCUGCGAGCAAAUAUGGUCAAGGAUGCUGAGGAGAUGUGUUCCAAGUUCACACGGGAAGGGACUUCGGCCACGGAGAAUCUCAACGAAAUGCAGUGCAUGUGGUUUCAGACGGAAUGCGCUCUCGCUUUUCAAAGAUUAGGAAAAUACGGCGAAGCUCUGAAGCAGUGCCACGAAGUGGAGAGGCACUUCUUUGAGAUUACAGACGACCAGUUCGACUUCCACACAUACUGUAUGAGGAAGAUGACCUUGCGUGCCUACGUCGACCUCCUGAGGCUGGAAGACGUGCUACGGAAACACGCUUUUUACUUCAAGGCGGCCCGAUCGGCCAUCGAAAUUUACUUGAAGCUUCAUGACAACCCCCUGGCCAGCGAGAGCAAAGAACAGGAAGUGAAUUCAGAAAAUCUUUCUGCCAAAGAACUGAAGAAGAUGCUCAGCAAACAACGGCGGGCGCAGAAGAAAGCCAAGUUGGAGGAGGAGAGGAAGCACGCCGAACGAGAGCGGCAGCAGAAGAGUCAGAAGAAGAAACGAGACGAAGAAGAAGAAGAGACCAGCGGCCCCAAGGAGGAACUAGUUCCUGAGAAACUGGAAAGGGUAGAAAAUCCUCUGGAGGAGGCCAUUAAGUUCCUUAUCCCUCUGAAGAGUCUUGUGGCAGACAACAUAGAUACCCAUCUACUAGCCUUUGAAAUCUACUUCAGGAAAGGAAAGUUUCUGCUAAUGUUGCAGUCUGUUAAAAGAGCUUUUGCUAUUGAUGACAGCCACCCCUGGCUCCACGAAUGUCUGAUUAAAUUUUCCAAGUGCGUGUCAAACCACAGUAACUUGCCAGAUAUCGUGAACAAAGUUCUCACCCAAGAAAUGGAGAAGAUUUUUACUAGCAAAGACUUGGAAAGUUUUAACGAAGAAUUUCUCAAACGUAACUCUACCUCUAUACAGCAUCUGCUCUCAGGUGCCAAAAUGAUGUAUUUCCUGGAUAAUUCAAGGCAAGAGAAAGCAAUCGCCAUUGCUACCAGGCUCGACGAAAUGACGAGAGACAGAAACGUGAAGACUUUAACAACGGUCUUGGAUUUCUUGCGUGAUGGCACCUUUGGAGACUGUCACAGCCAGGGCGAGGCGUAUCGGACAGCGUGCCACAAACUGUUCCCGUUAGCGACGGCCUUUAUGUCCUCCGCCGCUGAAGAGGACAGUUGCUUUGCCCCCGUGAAUCGUAUGGCCAUCAAUCACGAAGGGCUAACCAAUGAGAUUUGAGAACGGAAGGCGGGAUUCGCUCCUGACAGUCCAGGGAUCUUUCGAUGUGAUCUUUCGACGGGAUUGCAUCGGAACCGU